AUGAACCGGUUCAAUUUUGGUGACUCCGACGAGUCGGCUUCUGACUUUGACGAGGACUCUUCCGGCUUGCCUUUUCCCCAACCGCUAGCUCGAACGUCCUUUCUGGCCCCCGACUUUGAUCCCGCCACGUUUCUGUCGACAUUGACCAAUCGCCACCAAAGCCUCGAGGACUUGAGGCAGGAGCUUCGUGGUUUGGAACAACACCUGAAUAAGGAGUUGCUGGACCUAGUCAACGAGAACUAUCAGGACUUUCUGUCCCUUGGGACCGCGCUUCGAGGGGGCGAGGAGAAGGUCGAGGGUGUGAAAGUCGGACUCUUGUCUUUCCAACGAGAUGUGCAAUCACUUCGCGACAAGGUUGAGGCACGGCGAACCGAGUUAGAGGCACUAUUGAACGAGAAGCGCCAAUUGCGCGCCCAUGCGGAUAUCGGCAAAGACCUACUAGACUAUGCGGACCGAGUGGAGGAGUUGGAGCACCGCUUGAUGAUUUCGGAAAGGUCAUCGCCCGCCGAGGCAGCUUCUACAUCAGGCGAAUCGGACAGCGAGUCAGAUAUAUACUCAAAUGACAGUGGGGACAGCGAUGAUGAGGAGUUGGAGGAUGGGACGACGCCGGUUUCCCUUAAACGGCUCGAGCGACAUGUCCAAAAAUACGUCUUCUUGACCUCCAUUGCGACACGAGUGAGCGAGAAACAUCCAUUUUUAAUUUCACAACAUCUUCGUGUGGCCAAGAUCAGGUCGACAGUAUUAUUGGAUUUGAAGACUGCGCUGGAACAGGCUAGUCAUGCGGGGAAGAAGCGCGACGCCAGAACUAUGGCGGUCCUACGUCUCUACGACCUUAUGGGAGAAGAUGUCAGUGCAAUUGCUGCAUUGAAAAAUCUCAAGGUAUAG